GUUUUGUACCACUUUAUCAGUCGUCGAUAGAGAGUUGCAGGAGGUUGACUUCUCUGACCAACACUCUGCGGAUAAAUUAUCAGAAUGUUGCUCUUCCUUCUGUUUAUAUCAAGUUUUCUGACUUCGCGGUGCAGUGCUCUUGCCCAAGACUCGACGGAGGAGAGAAAGUUUUCGAGCUCUGAUGUCUGUCCGUGCGAACUCAAGUAUGUGGACUCGGUGCUCCUCUGGGACUGCGAUAAGCAUAACCUGCACGAAGUUCCCCGCCAGUGUUGGUCGCACGGGAACUACUCCAUCAGCCAGGUCAUUCUGAGCAACAACUUCAUCACUGAAAUCCACGCGGAUGAUUUCGUGGGACUCAACACCCUGAAGGAACUCAUGCUGAACAAUAACAACAUCUCGAGCGUGGCGGCUGGGGCCUUCAGACCCCUCGCCGGGCUCACCACCUUGGAUCUCUACCACAACAACAUCGUCCAGCUUCCCGAUGACGUCUUUGCGGGCUUGCUUGACCUGGAGAGCCUCUGGGUCAGCCACAACUUGCUGAAAGACAUCCCUGACAUCUCCUUCGUGACCCAAGCCAAGGCGAUUUCCUUCAGCAACAACAACAUCGAGACGUUCCCCGAGCACCUCCUGGACGCCCCGAACGGCCCGCUCACUCUCUCGCUGCAGAACAACCUCGCGACGGAGAUCUACGCCUCGGCCAUCCUCAACCUGCCCGACUACAGCACCCUCUACAUCGACGCCAUCACCGUCUGGGCUUCGGACGCGCAGGAGGCAGAGGCGCUCCGGGCGAAGACCUGGUUCGGCACCGAGCUCGACGGCCUCAUCCAGAUCGGAUCCCAGACCCACUGCCCUCCGCACUUCCACGACGUGCUCGGGGUCUGCCUGCUCGCGGAGCCCCUCUUCAGCGGCGACUGGGGGACCAUGAGGUACUUCUGCCACGAGAUGGGAGCCGAGUUGCUGAAGGUCGUCGACGCCAACUUCUUCCAACAACUACUCCAUUACCUUCGCAGUGAAGGGAUUGACCACCACGACUACUGGCUCGGCGGGAGAGACGAGGCAGAGGAAGGCAGCUGGAAAUGGCUCGACGGGGACACCAUCACCCGGGGAAGUCCCUUCUGGGCGACGCGGCCCCAGGGACCCGACUCUUACCAAAUUGAACCCCUUGGAGGAACCACAGAAAACUGCCUCUACCUUGACAAAUCCCGUUUUCUAUAUUUCGACGAUGCCGCGUGUACAGAAUCCAAAAAUGUCAUUUGUGAGAAGCAGUAAUAUAUUGUUGGAAUUCAUCAUCCUUUUCUCGGGAUGGACAUAGCUCUUCAGAUAAUAAAGAGUGUUGCUCUA